AUGUAUGUUCAGCAUAUUUCUCUUAUAUCUAAUAGUAACACUUUUUUACAACAAAAAAAAAGAAAAUUUGUUACUAUAAAUAAUUCACUCAUAAAAUACUUUAUGAAAAAUACUUUGUGUUACAACAUUCGUUUUAAUGAACGUCAUCAGUUUCGUCAAUUAAGUAAUUUUUUUCAUUUUAAAGAAAAUAGAAAAAAUAUGUACAGCUUUUAUACCUCGGAUAGAAAAAAUAUGUUUAUGGAGAAACGAAAAUAUCAUACAACUCCUAAGUGCCAUUUACAAACUCAGAUAAUAACAAGUGUAGUUAAAAAUAAAAAACAGAAUUUUUGUUUAAUUAAAAGAAAAAAAAGGAAAGUACAUAGUAAUUAUUUCAAAUACGGGAUAAACAUAAGUAAAGAAAAGAUAAACGGUGUAUAUUUAUACCAAUUACUUAAAUUUUUACAAUGUAACAAAAUUGAACUAAGAAAAUUUAUUAAAAGUAACAAAAUAAAAAUUUAUCAUGUUUAUUUAUAUAACAAACUUAACAGUCUCAAUAGUAUAGAACGCAAAAAAUAUUCUAAUAUUUAUUCUUUUCACUCGAAAGUUGUAAAAUGUAAUGAAGAUAACAACGAAAAGGGGAAAAUUCCGAACUGCGGAAAUGGGUUAGUUAUAGCUGUGAAGGAACAAACACAAGUGAGUGCUGCAUCGAAUGAACCAACACGACUGAAUGACGCAGCGAAGGGAUGGAAACAUCAAUCGUUCGACCAAACAGAUGAGCAAAAAAAAAUCUACGGAAGUAGCAAAUCACAUUACACUGUUCUGCAAAACUCCAAACGAUAUGAAAAUAGUCAGGUAAAAAGUGACCCAAGUUCCAAGUUGGAAAAAAAAAAAGAAAAAAGUAGUUACAUUAGCGAAGCAGACAAUAUUAUACAACAAAAAGUUUUAGAAGAAUCAUUGAAAAAUAUGUAUACCAUCGAUAAUGCUAAUAACGUCAACUCAAGUAAAAAAUACGAUCAAAAUGUAUUUAAAAGGGUGGAGUACAAUUCUAAAGAUUUUGAGAAACAGAUUGAUGAAAAGAGCCAUGAAAAAGGAGAAAUGAAUAUAAAAAAACAUGACCUAAUAUUAGUAGCACUCUCUGGAUGUAUUCCUUUUAUAUGUUUCGGUUUUGUUGACAAUUCAUUUAUGAUAAUAUCAGGUGAUUUGUUCGAUUCAACGUUUUGUAUUUUUUUGGGCUUUAGUACUAUGGCCGCGGCGGGUUUAGGAAAUUUAACUAGUGAUGUUUUAGGUAUAUUUAUUGGAGGAUAUAUUGAAAAAAUAAUUGCUUAUGUAGGGUUUCCUCGAAUUAAUCUAACAAAUAAGCAAUUAAAAAUGAACAGAACUCGAAGAUAUUAUUAUAUAGGUAGUGCUAUAGGAAUCGCUAUUGGUUGUUUACUUGGUAUGAUACCUUUAUUAUUUAUAGAUAGUAACAAAUUAGAAGAAAAAAAAAAUAGAAGAAAAAAAAAAAAUACUAGUAAAUUCCCGAAUAUUGAUAAAACAAUUUUUAAUUUUGUGUCAAGCAAAUUACCUAGUUAUAUAAAUUCAAAUUAUGCAUUUUUAUUUAUCCUUGAUAAGGCCAACAAUAAUUUUUAUUCAUAUAUUGACAAUCAAUUAGUUCAUUUUCCACUUAGCGAUGGUAUUAUUGGAGAAGUAUACAAAAGUAAAAAAACUAUUAACUAUGAAAGUGGUAGUCUUUUGAAAAACUUUAUCCAUUUGAAUAUGCCUAUAAAUAAUCAAGAGCAAAACCAAAAAUUCGAAAAUGAUGAUCAUCAAAAGAAUGCAACUUCCUUGAAAAUUAAUAAAAAUGCAAACUUAUUUUUCGAAAAAAAGAGAAUCAAUGUUCACCAGAUUAUGGCGGCCCCUGUCUUCAGUCUAAACGAAACCAUAAUCGGUGUUGUCGUAGUAAUAAAUGCGACGAAUAAAAUUUCUUUCAAUGAUAAAGAUGCUAACUUUUUGAACAUGUUCUGCUCGCACAUCUCGCAGGAGAUAGAAGACCAAAAAGGCCUUGAUGUGUCAUUGAAGUUAUGCAAAAAAACAGUAUAUGACUAA